AUGGUCAGUGCAACGCAUGAUAGAGAAACUGUUACAGAAUGGUUGAAAUGUCUUAAAGAUCUAAUAAUUGCAAAAGAUCCAAGUAUCUGGCCGCCUUUCAAAAAUGUUGUAACUGAUUUCAGUUGGGCUUUUAUGCAUGGUAUUUCUAAAGCAUGGAAUGGUAAAGAAACAAUAUUUGAAUAUCUGGAUAUGUGUCAUAGAAUAUUAACUGGAAGAGAAACAUUGUCUUCUAGCACAGUAGUUAUUACUUCUUGUACAAACCAUUAUGUUAAAAAUAUUCUGAACCAUGUAAAACGGUAUUAUCCAGAUGAUGAAAAAACAGCGUUUUACAUAGCCAGAUGUGUUGGAUUAGUGUUUUAA